AUGGUCGGUCGUUCGGAGAUGUGGACCCUCUUCGUGCCCCUGCUUCUGCUUGUUAGUGUGGCUGAUGGCCAGAAUGGUACUUAUGUCAUCUACAAUCCCCCGAUGGUCAACAUCAACAAGAAUGGAGUGAGUUUUGGCAAAAAAUGGAAAAAAUACAAAAAAUUUUGGUUACUUUCAGGACGUUCCUUGUCAUGUCCCGAUGUCCCUGCCUGUGUAAGUUGUUGAAAGACAGUAGUAUCCAGAAUUGGGCCGACAUUUUUUUACAUGAAGUCUACAACAACAUGGUUUUUAUCCCAUUUUUCAAAUGUAUAUUUUAAGGGCGGUCAAAGGUUGCAAGGAGUACGAUUUCAAUAUGGUUGUUUUCGAAAAGAUUGGCGAAGAAGUGUACUACUGUUCGGGUGUGAAUCUGACCACGUAAUUCAUCAUGUGUAAUGUAAUUUAAUCUCGAUUCCAGCGACGUUCCGUACAACAUUGUCUUCAAUCGGACCUGUAACGGGAUGAACCUCAGAUUGACUGACAGUAACUCCUUGCCCUGCAUUAAAUUUGAGUUCGAUGUCGCCUACACAUAUACCAUGACCGUCAAAUUUACGGUAGGUGGAGAUGAACUUGUUAUGCGUUCUUUGUCUUCAGGAUGAGCCUUUCCGUUGUCCCGGCAUUUAUGCAGCAGGAGUGACUGGAAUCUAUCCGUUCAAGAUCAACAGGCUCGGCGGCUCGCCGAACGCUGUGGAUAAAUUUGUAAGUUGGGGUUACGGUAGCUACAGUAUGUCAAUCCAGCGCAUUUCCUGAACCGUUUCGAAACUUCGCAUCGUUUUCAUUGAUUUUGAAUUUAAAAAACAGAGACGAAAUGCCGCGAAAUUAUCGGCACUUUUUCUUGCCCGAAAUAAUUGCUUUUUCUCGAAAAGGCAGAAGAAAGAUAAGAAAACGCCUUUUAUCGGAUAGUGACAUUUCGUUUUGAACGAAUCACUAAAAAGGGGCGGGAAAUUUUUUCUUCUAUUUUGGAUUGACAUGCAGUGAGCCGAUCGUUUUUGAGUUUUGCUGACAGACUGGGAGUAUUGACAUCGACCUUUUGAGUAUGUUUUUCAUAAAGUUUAGCUACCGUUUUUUUCCAGGACUCAUCUGCUGACAUCUUCGAUGCCUUCGACAAGAUCGUCAGCGAUGACAUCCAGGCCAUGGAAUUUAAUCCGCAAGUUCCUGCUGAAGUGGUGACUGAAAAGUCGGCCUUCCAAGAAUUCGUCGACCCGUUCCUGUGUGAUUCUAGCUGCUUCUGGUUUGCUUUGGGCGCCACGAUCAUCUGCUUGGCCUUUUUGGUGGCUUGUUUGAUUGUCUCCGGAAGGGUGGGCAACUCGAGAGUAAGUCAGACCUUAUUCAUCGUUUGGUUAUAGAGUUUCUAAAAGUUCUUGAGAUCUAAAUUUCUUGGGAUUAAUUGAAAUCCCCGAGAUUUGGCGUUUAUUAUUAUUUUAGACGUCCCCCAAAGGAAAGAAGAAGGCGAAAGCGGCCAAAAAGUCGAUGAAAUCCAAAGCCUCGGCCAAGGAAAAGAAGAGCAAAGCCAGCAAGACCAAGAAGUCCGCCAACAGCAAGAAGGAGUCGAAGGCGUCGAAGAGCAAGGUCGAAAGUAAGGUCUCCAAUGGGCCCAACAACAACAUUGCCAAGCCGCCCGGCAGCUCUCCUGAUUCCAAAACCGGAUCUGAAACUAACAUUGAGCGUACUCCCGCUAAAUAA